UAGGCUCCUGCGGCGCGCGCUGUCCCUAGAGCCGCUGCCCCCAGCAGGAAGAUGGCGAAGCGCGGAGGGCGGCUGUGCGCGGGGAGCGCACCGCGCGCCUGUGGCCCCCGGAGCCCCGCGCCGCCGCUGCUGCUGCUGCUGCUGGCUGGGCUGGUGCUGCCAGGCGAGGCGCGGACUCCCGGGGGCGAUGGCUUCAGCCUGCACCCGCCCUACUUCAACCUGGCGGAGGGCGCCCGCAUCACCGCGUCCGCGACCUGCGGCGAGGAGGCCCCGACGCGCGGUGCCUCGCGCCCCACCGAGGACCUCUACUGCAAGCUGGUUGGGGGUCCGGUGGCUGGCGGAGAUCCCAACCAGACCAUCCAGGGCCAGUACUGUGACAUCUGUACAGCUGCCAACAGCAACAAGGCACACCCUGUGAGCAACGCUAUCGACGGCACGGAGCGCUGGUGGCAGAGCCCACCCCUGUCCCGUGGCCUGGAGUACAAUGAGGUCAACGUCACACUGGACCUGGGCCAGGUGUUCCACGUGGCCUAUGUGCUCAUCAAGUUUGCCAACUCACCUCGGCCUGACCUCUGGGUGCUGGAGCGGUCCACAGACUUGGGCCACACUUAUCAGCCGUGGCAGUUCUUUGCCUCCUCCAAGAGGGAUUGUUUGGAGCGAUUUGGACCUCGGACGCUGGAGCGCAUCACACAGGAUGACGAUGUCAUCUGCACCACAGAGUACUCUCGAAUAGUGCCUCUGGAGAAUGGCGAGAUUGUAGUGUCCUUGGUGAAUGGGCGCCCUGGGGCCAUGAACUUCUCUUAUUCACCUCUACUUCGAGACUUCACCAAGGCCACCAACAUCCGAUUGCGGUUCCUGAGAACCAACACACUACUGGGCCACCUUAUGGGCAAGGCGCUGCGGGACCCCACGGUCACCCGCCGGUACUAUUACAGCAUCAAAGACAUCAGCAUUGGCGGUCGCUGUGUCUGUCAUGGCCACGCAGAUGUCUGUGACGCUAAGGACCCCUCGGAUCCUUUCAGGCUGCAGUGUGCCUGCCAACACAAUACCUGUGGAGGCUCUUGUGACCGAUGCUGUCCAGGCUUCAACCAGCAGCCGUGGAAGCCUGCUACCACCGAUAGCGCCAAUGAAUGCCAGUCCUGCAACUGCCAUGGCCAUGCCUACGACUGUUACUAUGACCCUGAGGUAGACCGACGUAAUGCCAGCCAGAACCAGGACAAUGUGUACCAGGGUGGGGGCGUCUGCCUCGAUUGCCAGCACCACACCACGGGCAUCAACUGUGAGCGCUGCCUGCCUGGCUUCUACCGUGCCCCUGACCAGCCCCUGGACUCACCUCAUGUCUGUCGCCGCUGUGACUGUGAGUCAGACUUCACGGAUGGGACGUGUGAAGAUUUAACAGGCCGCUGUUACUGCAGGCCCAACUUCACAGGAGAGCAGUGUGCCGCCUGUGCUGAGGGCUACACCAGUUUCCCACACUGCUACCCUGUAUCCUCAUUUCCCUACAAUGACACCAGAGAACAAGUGUUGCCUGCUGGACAGAUUGUGAACUGUGACUGCAACGCCGCGGGGACCCAGGGCAAUGCCUGCCGGAAGGACCCGCGGUUGGGACGCUGUGUGUGCAAACCCAACUUCCAGGGCACCCACUGUGAGCUCUGCGCACCCGGGUUCUAUGGCCCAAGCUGCCAGUCAUGCCAGUGUUCUAGCCCUGGGGUGGCCAGUGGCCUCUGUGACCCAGAGUCAGGCCAGUGCACCUGCCGCCCAGGCUUUGAGGGGGACAGAUGUGAUCACUGCGCCCUUGGCUACUUCCACUUCCCUCUCUGCCAGCUGUGUGGAUGCAGCCCUGCAGGGACCCUGCCUGAAGGCUGUGAUGAGGCUGGCCAUUGCCAGUGCCGACCUGGGUUUGAUGGCCCUCACUGUGACCGCUGCCUCCCAGGCUACCACGGUUACCCUGACUGUCAUGCUUGUGCCUGUGACCCUCGGGGGUCCCUGGAUCAACACUGUGGAGCGGGUGGCUCGUGCCGCUGCCGUCUUGGCUACACAGGCCCCACUUGCCGGGAGUGCAGCCCCGGCUUCCAUGGCUUCCCCAGCUGCGUCCCCUGCCACUGCUCUGCCGAUGGUUCCUGGCAUACAACCUGUGACCCUACAACGGGGCAGUGUAGCUGCCGGCCCCGAGUGACUGGACUACGUUGUGAUAUGUGUGUGCCAGGUGCCUAUAACUUCCCCUACUGCGAAGCUGGCUCUUGUCAUCCUGCUGGUCUGGCCCCGGCCAAUCCUGCCCUUCCUGAGGCUCCCUGUACAUGCCGAGCUCACGUGGAGGGGCCAAGCUGCGACCGUUGUAAACCUGGGUACUGGAACCUGAGCCCCAGCAACCCUGAAGGCUGCACUCGCUGUAGCUGUGACCCCCGAGGCACCCUGGGUGGAGUUACUGAGUGCCAGUUGGGCAACGGGCAGUGUUUCUGCAAGGCUCGUGUGUGUGGCCAGACCUGUGCAGCCUGCAAGGAUGGCUUCUUCGGCCUGGACCAUGCUGACUACUUCGGCUGCCGUAGCUGCCGGUGUGAUGUCGGUGGUGCCCUGGGCCAGGGCUGUGAACCAAGGACAGGUGCCUGCAGAUGCCGCCCUAACACCCAGGGCCCCACCUGCAGUGAGCCGGAGAAAGACCACUACUUGCCGGACCUGCACCACAUGCGGCUGGAACUGGAGGAGGCGGCCACUCCUGAGGGCCGUGCCGUACGCUUUGGCUUCAACCCCCUGGAGUUUGAGAACUUUAGCUGGAGAGGCUAUGCACACCUGACGCCUAUCCAGCCCAGGAUCGUGGCCAGGCUGAACGUGACCUCCCCUGACCUCUUUCGGCUGGUCUUCCGAUAUGUCAACCGUGGACCCACGAGUGUGAAUGGGCGGGUUUCUGUGCGUGAAGAGGGCAGGCAUUCCAUCUGUACCAACUGCACAGAGCAGAGCCAGCCAGUGGCCUUCCCACCCAGCACAGAGCCUGCCUUUGUCACUGUGCCCCAGAGGGGCUUUGGGGAGCCCUUUGUGCUGAACCCUGGCACCUGGACUUUGCUGGUGGAAGCUGAAGGUGUACUCUUGGAUUACGUGGUCCUACUGCCGAGUACCUACUAUGAGGCAGCUCUCCUACAGCAUCGAGUAACCGAGGCCUGUACCUACCGGCCCCCGGCCCUGCACUCCACAGAGAACUGCCUCCUCCAUGCUCACCUACCCCUGGAUGGCUUCCCUUCAGCGGCUGGAACUGAGGCCCUGUGUCGCCAUGACAACAGCCUGCCCCGCCCCUGCCCCACAGAGCAGCUCAGCCCUUCACACCCACCCCUGGUGACCUGUGCUGGCAGUGAUGUGGACAUCCAGCUUGAGAUGGCAGUGCCUCGGCCAGGCCGAUAUGCUCUGGUGGUGGAAUAUGUCAGUGAGGAUUCACACCAGGACGUGGAUGUGGCUGUGCACAGCCCUCAGAGAGGCCCCCAGCAAGGGAUGCUCAACCUCCAUCCCUGUCCAUACAGCUCCCUGUGCCGCGGUCUGGCUCGGGAUAUCCAGCAUCACGUGGCCACCUUCCACCUGGACUCUGAGGCCAGCAUCCGGCUCACAGCUGAGCAGGCUCACUUCUUCCUGCACACUGUCACCCUGGUACCCGUGGAAGAGUUCAGCACAGAGUUCGUGGAGCCCCGGGUCUUCUGUGUGAGCAGUCACGGCACCUUCAGCCCCAGCAGCGCUGCCUGUCUGCCCUCCCGCUUCCCGAAGCCACCGCAGCCCAUCAUCCUCAAGGACUGCCAGGUCUUGCCGCUGCCUCCCGACCUCCCUCUGACCCAGUCACAGGAGCUCACACCAGGUGCACCCCCAGCUGGACCACAACCUCAGCCCUCGACUGUUGUGGACCCCAAUGCAGAUCCCACCUUGCUGCGCCACCCACAGGGCACUGUGGUCUUCACCACCCAGGUCCCCACCCUGGGCCGCUAUGCCUUCCUGCUGCAUAGCUACCAGCCAGUCCACCCUACCUUCCCUGUGGAGGUACUCAUCAAUGGUGGCCGCAUCUGGCAGGGCCACGCCAAUGCCAGCUUCUGCCCACAUGGUUAUGGUUGCCGUACCCUGGUGUUGUGUGAGGGUCAAACUAUGCUGGACGUUACAGACAACGAGCUCACUGUGACCGUGCGUGUGCCAGAAGGCCGGUGGCUCUGGCUGGACUACAUACUCAUCGUCCCCGAGGAUGCGUACAGCUCCAGUUACCUCCAUGAGCAGCCCCUGGACAAAUCCUAUGACUUCAUCAGCCACUGUGCCACCCAGGGCUACCACAUCAGCCCCAGCAGCUCGUCCUCGUUCUGCCGGAAUGCUGCCGCCUCCCUGUCUCUCUUCUACAAUAAUGGGGCCCUACCUUGUGGUUGCCACGAGGUGGGUGCCAUAAGCCCCACAUGUGAACCCUUCGGGGGCCAGUGUCCCUGCCGGAGCCAUGUCAUUGGCCGUGACUGCUCCCGCUGCGCCACCGGCUACUGGGGCUUCCCCAGCUGCAGGCCCUGUGACUGCGGGACCCGCCUUUGUGACGAGCUCACGGGUCAGUGCAUCUGUCCACCACGCACCGUCCCCCCUGACUGCCUGGUCUGCCAGCCGCAGAGCUUUGGCUGCCACCCCUUGGUUGGCUGUGAGGAGUGUAACUGCUCAGGGCCCGGAGUCCAGGAACUGACAGAUCCCACGUGUGACAUGGACAGUGGCCAGUGCAAGUGCAGACCCAAUGUCGCCGGGCGUCGCUGUGACACCUGUGCCCCAGGCUUCUAUGGUUACCCUAGCUGUCGUCCCUGUGACUGCCAUGAGGCUGGCACCAUGGCUAGUAUAUGUGACCCCAUCACAGGCCAGUGCCAUUGCAAGGAGAAUGUACAGGGCUCAAGAUGUGACCAAUGUCGCUUGGGGACCUUCUCCUUGGACACUGCUAACCCCAAGGGCUGUACCCGCUGCUUCUGUUUUGGGGCAACAGAGCGCUGUGGGAGCUCUAACCAUGCCCGACAUGAGUUUGUGGACAUGGAGGGCUGGGUGCUGCUGAGCAGUGAUCGGCAGGUGAUACCUCAUGAGCAUCGGCCUGAGAUGGAGCUGCUCCAUGCAGACUUGCGUCGUGUGGCUGACAGUUUCCCAGAGCUGUACUGGCAGGCUCCACCCUCCUACCUGGGCGACAGGGUGUCUUCCUACGGUGGGACCCUCCACUAUGAGCUGCACUCAGAGCCUCAGCGUGGUGAUGUCUUCAUUCCCUAUGAGAGCCGGCCGGACGUGGUGUUGCAGGGCAACCAGAUGAGCAUCGCCUUCCUGGAGCUGGCAUACCCUCCACCCGGCCACAUUCACCGGGGACAGUUACAACUGGUAGAGGGAAACUUCCGUCACUUGGAGACUCACAACACGGUGUCCCGCGAAGAGCUGAUGAUGGUGCUGGCCGGCCUCGAGCAGUUGCAGAUCCGUGCCCUCUUCCCACAGACCUCUGCCACUGUCUCCCUGCGUAGAGUGGUACUAGAGGUGGCUGGCGAGGCUGGCAGGGGGCCCCCAGCCAGCAAUGUGGAACUGUGUAUGUGCCCUGCCAACUACCGUGGGGACUCAUGCCAGGAAUGUGCCCCUGGCUAUUACAGGGACAUCAAAGGUCUCUUCCUGGGCCGAUGUGUCCCCUGCCAGUGCCAUGGUCAUUCGGAACGCUGCCUUCCUGGCUCUGGCACCUGUGUGAACUGCCAGCACAACACAGAAGGAGACCAGUGUGAGCGCUGCAGGGCAGGCUUUGUGAGCACUGAUCCCAACGACCCUGCAGCCCCCUGCGUGAGCUGCCCCUGCCCCUUGGCAGUACCUUCCAACAACUUUGCAGAUGGCUGCAUCUUACGAAAUGGCCGGACCCAGUGCCUCUGCAGACCAGGCUAUGCCGGGGCCUCCUGUGAGCGUUGUGCACCUGGCUUCUUUGGGAACCCUCUGGUGCUGGGCAGCUCCUGUCAGCCCUGUGACUGCAGUGGCAACGGAGACCCCAACAUGAUCUUCAGUGACUGUGACCCCCUGACAGGCGCUUGUCGCGGCUGCCUUCGUCACACCACCGGGCCCCAUUGUGAGAGCUGUGCCCCCGGCUUCUAUGGCGAUGCCUUGUUGCCCGGCAACUGCACCCGAUGUGACUGUUCCCCAUGCGGGACAGAAGCCUGUGAUCCCCGGAGUGGGCGCUGCCUGUGCAAGGCGGGAGUGACUGGACCACGCUGUGAUCGCUGUGUGGAAGGACACUUCGGCUUUGAGCAAUGCCAGGGCUGCCACCCUUGUGCCUGUGGACCAGCUGCCAAGGGCUCUGAGUGCCACCCCCAGAGCGGUCAGUGUCACUGCCAGCCAGGGACCACAGGCCCCCAGUGCCGCGAGUGCGCCCCUGGCUACUGGGGGGUCCCAGAGAAGGGCUGCAGGCGCUGCCAGUGUCCACGAGGCCACUGUGACCCCCACACAGGCCGCUGCACCUGUCCCCCAGGGCUCAGUGGGGAGCGCUGCGACACCUGUAACCAGCAGCACCAGGUGCCUGUCCCAGGCGGGCCUGGGGGCCAUGGCGUACACUGUGAAGUGUGUGACCACUGUGUGGUCCUGCUUCUGGAUGACCUCGAGCAAGCUGCUGCCCUCCUCCCUGCCAUCCGCCAGCAGCUGCAAGGCAUCAAUGCUAGCUCCACAGCUUGGGACAGGCUGCAUAGGCUGAAUGCCUCCAUUGCUGACCUGCAGAGUAAGCUCCGGAGCCCACCAGGACCCCGCUACCAGACAACACAGCAAUUACAGACUCUAGAGCAACAGAGCGCAGGCCUUCAGCAGGAUGUUGAGCAGCUGGGCAGUCAGGCCAUAGGGGCCCAAGGCCGGGCGGGCCAGCUGAUGGACAACACAGAGGCCACACUCGGCCGGGCACAGACAUUGUUGGAGACCGUGCGUGCUAUGAACCAUGCUCUGAGUGAGCUGGCGUCUCACAUGGGCCAAGUGUCUCCAGGCAAUGCCUCUGCACCGUCUGGUGAGCAGCUGCGCUGGGCACUGGCUGAAGUGGAGCGGCUACUUUGGGAUAUGCGGACUCGUGACCUGGGGGCCCCACGGGCAGUGGCAGAAGCUGAACUGACAGAAGCCCAGAGGCUGAUGGUGCGUGUGCAGAAGCAGCUGACCAGCGUCUGGGAGGAGAACCAGUCAUUGGCCACACGCAUUCGGGACCAGCUGGCCCAGUACGAGGCUGGCCUCAUGGACCUCCGUGAGGCCCUGAACCACGCGGUGAAUACUACCCGGGAGGCUGAUGAACUCAACAGCCGCAACCAAGAGCGGCUGAAUGAAGCCCUGCAAUGGAAACAAGAGCUGUCCCAGGACAAUGCCACCCUAAUGGCCACUCUUCAGGCUGCCAGCCUCACCUUGGGUCGUGUUUCUGAGCUUCUACAGGGCGUGGACCGGGCUAAGGAGGACCUAGAGCACCUGGCAGCCAGUCUGGAUGGAGCCUGGACACCCUUAUUGAAGAAGAUGCAGGCCUUCUCUCCUGCCAGCAGCAAGGUGGACUUGGUAGAGGCUGCUGAGGCCCAUGCUCAGAAGCUGAAUCAGCUGGCGAUCAAUCUGUCUGGCAUCAUCUUUGGCAUCAAUCAGGACCGCUUCAUUCAGAGGGCUGUGGAGGCCUCCAAUGCCUAUAGCAGCAUCCUGCAGGCUGUUCAGGCUGCUGAGGGUGCUGCAAACCAGGCACUGCAACAGGCCAGCCACACAUGGGAGACGGUGGUGCAGCGCGGCCUAGCAGCCCGGGCCCAUCAGCUCUCAGCCAACAGCAGUGCCCUGGAGGAGACCAUCCUCGGGCACCGGGAGAGGCUGGGCCUUGCUCAGGGCCGCCUGCAGGCUGCAGGGACCCAGCUGCACGAUGUUCGGGCCAAGAAGGACCAGCUGGCAGCCCAGAUCCGGGAGGCACAAGCCAUGCUGGCCAUGGACACAGGUGAGACCAGUGAGAAGAUCGCUCAUGCCAAGGCUGUGGCUGCCGAAGCCCGGGACACGGCCACCCACGUUCAGUCCCAGCUUCAGAGCAUGCAGGAGAAUGUGGAGCGGUGGCAAAGCCAGUUGGGGAGCCUGCGAGGCCAGGACCUGAGCCAGGGGGAGCGUGAUGCAAGCAGUUCAGUGUCCAGCCUGGAGAAGACAUUGCCACAGCUGCUGGCCAAACUAAGCCGUCUGGAGAACCGUGGAGUGCAUAAUGCCAGCCUGGCCUUGUCUGCCAACAUUGGUCGUGUGCGCAAGCUCAUUGCCCAAGCCCGCGGUGCCGCCAACAAGGUCAAGGUGUCCAUGAAGUUCAAUGGGCGUUCAGGGGUGCAACUGCGUGUCCCACGGGACCUCGCUGACCUCGCUGCCUACACUGCCCUCAAGUUCUACCUACAGAGCCCGGUGCCCGCACCUGCGCCAGGCGAGAACACUGGGGACCGGUUUGUUCUGUACAUGGGCAGCCGCCAGGCCACUGGGGACUACAUGGGAGUGUCUCUGCGUAAUCAGAAGGUGCACUGGGUGUACAGGCUGGGUGAGGCCGGCCCCACAACUCUCAGCAUUGAUGAGAACAUUGGGGAGCAGUUUGCAGCCAUCAGCAUUGACAGGACCCUCCAGUUUGGCCACAUGUCUGUCACGGUGGAGAAGCCAACGGUUCAUGAGAUCAAGGGGGACACAGUGGCCCCUGGGAUAAAGGGGCUACUCAGCCUACAGCCUGAUGACUUCGUCUUCUAUGUGGGAGGGUACCCCAGCAACUUCACGCCCCCUGAACCCCUUCGAUUCCCUGGCUACCUGGGCUGCAUUGAGAUGGGCACAUUGAACGAGGAGGUGGUCAGUCUCUACAAUUUUGAGCAGACUUUCAAGCUGGACACUGCAGUGGAUAAGCCUUGUGCUCGCUCCAAGGCCACUGGUGACCCGUGGCUCACGGAUGGCUCCUACCUGGAUGGCAGCGGCUUUGCCCGCAUCAGCUUUGAGAAGCAGAUCACCAACGCAAAGCGCUUUGAACAGGAGCUGCGGCUUGUGUCCUACAAUGGGAUCAUCUUUUUCCUCAAGCAAGAGAGCCAGUUCCUGUGCCUGGCGGUGCAGGAAGGCACCCUCGUGCUCCUUUAUGACUUCGGCUCAGGCUUGAAGAAGGCCAUCCCACUGAAGCCCCCACAGCCCUUGACAGCAGCCAGCAAGGCGAUCCAGGUGUUUCUUCUACUGACUGGCAGCCACAAACGCGUGCUGGUGCGUGUGGAGAGGGUCACUGUGUUCACUGUGGAGCAGGACAACAUGCUGGACAUGGCUGAUGCCUACUACCUGGGGGGGGUGCCACCUGAGCAGCUACCCCCAAGCCUACAGCAGCUCUUCCCCUCGGGAGGCUCUAUCCGCGGCUGUAUCAAAGGCAUCAAGGCUCUGGGCAAGUAUGUGGACCUCAAACGAUUGAACACCACGGGCAUCAGCUUCGGCUGCACCGCUGACCUGCUGGUGGAACGUGCCAUGACUUUCCACGGCCAUGGCUUCCUGUCCCUGGCGCUUCCCAAUGUGAUGCCCGUCACUGGCGAGGUCUACUCUGGCUUUGGCUUUCGUGGCACCCAGGAGAACAGUCUGCUCUACUAUCGUGCCUCCCCGGAUGGGCCAUACCAGGUGUCCCUGGAGCAGGGCCAUGUGACACUCCAGUUCAUGGGGACAGUGGUGGGGACUCAAGGAGUCUUUGCUGACGGCGCCCCCCACUAUGUUACCUUCUACACCAACGGCACAAGAGAGGUACAGCUGUUGGUGGACGACCAGCCACAGGAGAUAGAAUUCCGCCAGAGAACAGCCCCCACACUCCAACCUGAGGAGCCCUCCCUCCUCCUGGGAGGCCUGCCUACGUCUGGUACCUCCCACAACUUCAGCGGCUGCAUCAGCAAUGUUUUUGUGCAGCGACUUCGGGGGCCACAGCGUGUGUUUGACCUACAGCAGAACAUAGGCAGUGUCAAUGUGAGCACGGGCUGUACACCGGCCCACCCCAUCCAGACCUCGAGGACCAUGGCUCAGAAGGUCUCCCGCCGCAGUCGCCAACCCAGCCAGGACCUUGCCUGCACACCACCCUGGCUCCUCGGGACUAUUCAGGACACAUACCAGUUUGGGGGACCCCUGCCCAGUUACCUGCAGUUUGUGGGUGUCUCCCCAUCCCACAGGAAUAGGCUCCAUCUAUCGAUGCUUGUCCGCCCACAUGCUGCUUCCCAGGGCCUCUUGCUCUCGGCUGCCCCCCUGUCAGGCCACAGUCCUUCACUGGUACUCUUCCUGAGCCAUGGACACUUUGUGGCACAGACGGAAGGCCCCGGGCCCCAGCUCCAGGUCCAGAGCCGCCAGCACUCACGGGCUGGCCAGUGGCACAGGGUGUCUGUGCACUGGAGGAUGCAGCAGAUCCAGCUUGUGGUGGAUGGCAGCCAGACCUGGAGCCAGAAGGCACACCGCCAUCGGGCCCACAGGGCACAGGGCCUACAGCCUUACACCCUCGUUGUUGGAGGUCUCCCUGCCAGCAAUCACAGCUCCACGCUCCCUGUGUCUGUGGGGUUCAGUGGCUGUGUGAAGAAUCUGCGGCUGGAUAAGCGGCCCCUGAGGAUUCCAACGCGAACGGUGGGGGUCACACCCUGUGUCUCAGGCCCCCUGGAGGAUGGCCUGUUCUUUCCAGGCAGCGAGGGAAUUGUCACCUUAGAGCCCUCCAAGGCCAAGCUGCCCUAUGUGACCCUGGAGCUAGAAGUACGGCCCUUGGCAGCUGCUGGCCUCAUCUUCCACCUGGGCCAGGCCCAGGCCACCCACUAUGUGCAGCUCCAAGUGUUGACAGAUCAGGUCCUGCUGCGGGCGAAUGAUGGGGCAGGAGAGUUCUCCACAUGGGUGACCUACCCCGCGUUCUGUGAUGGACAGUGGCACCGGAUAGCAGUGGUCAAGGGCAGGAACACGCUCCGGCUGGAGGUAGACACACGGAGCAACCACACCACAGGCCCUUUGCCCGCGACCUUGGCUGAUACUCCAGCACCUUUACACCUUGGGGGCCUGCCCAAGGCAACAACUGCUCAGCCAGAGCGCCCUGCCUACCGAGGAUGCAUGAGGAAGCUGGUGGUCAACGGGGCCCCUGUCACUGUGACUGCUUCUGCACAAGUCCAGGGGGCAGUGGGGACAAGUGGCUGCCCUGCUGGAACUCCAGCCCCAGCCCCAGCUCACUCUGCAGCACUGACCCAGGGGCAGGCCAGUCCCGGAGCCCUGCCCUUACUCCAGCAUUGAGGGUUCCCAGACACUGGUAUUUGCCUAGAUUUUCUAGUUUAAGCUGUCUUUUUAGAUAAAAGGACACUGCAGAACAGACACAUUUAUAUUUAUACUUUGUUCCUCGUAACUGAGAUCUGUAAAACCACUGGCUCCUUUGGAAUUAAAAGCAACUUGUUUCA